GGUACCUUGAAGUGAGCAAAUCCGAAAGCCAUGUCUCCAAUUUGGGUCGUUGUAACGUGCUUCCUCCUGAAUGGUAUCGCGGAAGGAAGAAAGGGCUUUGGCCCGGGCGAGCAGGAAUGGGGAUACAUCGACGUUCGACCUGGUGCCCACAUGUUCUGGUGGUUGUACUACGUGACACCGCCGUCGGGGGAAAAAGUGAAUGUGUACAAAAAGCCCCUGGUCAUUUGGCUGCAGGGGGGGCCAGGUGCAUCCUCGACUGGUUACGGAAAUUUCGAGGAGCUCGGACCACUCGAUCUCGAGGGAAAUCGUCGGAACUACACGUGGGUCAAUGACUACAAUGUUCUGUUCAUUGAUAAUCCCGUGGGAUCGGGAUUCAGCUAUGUUGAAAACACAACUGCAUUCGCCACGACGAAUAAGCAAAUUGCCGAUGAUCUUCUCAAGUGCAUGAAGGGAUUUCUCGACAAAUUUCCAGGAUUUCAGAAAGUUCCUACUUAUGUUACGGCGGAGUCUUAUGGCGGCAAGAUGGCAGCUGAGUUGGGGCUCGUUUGGUAUAAAGCGCAAAAAGCGGGCUCCAUCAAGAGUAAUUUAAGUGGCGUUGCUCUCGGUGACUCCUGGAUUUCCCCGAUGGAUUCGGUCAUGUCCUGGGCGCCAUUUCUCCUCUCAACCGGAAUGAUUGAUAGGCGUGGGGUCCUUGCCAUUGAGAAAGCAGCUGUGGAGACUCAGAGGGCUGUUGAUGAGGGCCGUUGGAGAGCCGCGACGAGCCUCUGGGCAUACACGGAAAAUGUGAUUGUUAAUGUCACUGGAAACAUCGAUUUUUAUAAUAUUCUUGAGAAGAAGCAGCCACGGGGUCGCACUGGGCGGCUUCUGCCCGGGGUUCGGCCGAAGGUAGAUCGGGAUCGGAUGCUCAGUGAAUUGAUGAAUAAUGGUGUUAGGAAUACUCUGGGGCUCAACGUCUCGUGGGGAUUGCAGAGUUCAGAAGUUUUCAACAUUCUUAAAGAAGAUUUCAUGAAACCCGUUGUUAACAUCGUUCAACAGUUGACAAACCAAACAAAUCUAGAGGUAUUCGUCUUCACCGGACAAUUAGAUUUGAUCGUUGCCACCCUAGGAACAGUGGAAUGGGUGGAGCGAAUGUUUAAAGAUGUUGCCGGGUGGAGUGCACCUCCGAGAAGACCGGUGGUCGUUAAUAACGUCAUAGAAGGAUACCUCAAGGAAUACAAAAAUUUCAAAAUGUACUGGAUCAACAGAGCCGGGCACAUGGUACCACGGGACAAUCCGUACGCAACUGCCUCGAUGCUCAAACAUUUGACCGGUUCGAAAUGAUAAAGCGGAGAAUGCGAUCGGUAAAACUGCGGCAUUUAAAUCCAUAAAUGUAGCACCAAAAUCUCUCCAUCCAAAAAUUGAAGAAACAUUCAACAAUUUCUACUGUAAAAAUACUCAACCGAAAUACACAUUCUCUCAUCUUCUGUU